GUAUUGGUAAAACAAGAAACCUUGCAAGAAGAUGUUUCCUAUAACACAGAGUAAGCCUUGCAAAAAACAAAGUAUGAAAAAGCAUGUCACAGCUUAGACUCAAACAAAAAAGAUGGGGCUUCGACACUCAUCAACUUAUGAAUCUUAGUCGAUCAAGUCCAAAAGACUUUUGGAAAACACAAAAAAUGUGUUUAUAAAAUUUGUGAACCAUAUUGACUACUUAUCUUACACAUACUUAAGUCAUUGUUCUCUCACACGACUACAUAAUAUUUCCACCACACAUACAAAUUCACACUUAUCUUAUAGAAAUUCAUUGUAUACAUAAGAUCAGUGGCAUUUCUAGUCACUGCAAGUAAAAAUUAAAAGAAAAAAUGGAUAAAAGAUGGAGUCUUCAAGGUAUGACUGCUCUUGUGACCGGUGGCACUAAAGGAAUCGGGAAAGCUGUGGUGGAGGAACUAUCAAUGCUGGGAGCAAGAGUCCACACAUGUGCAAGAGAUGAAACUCAGCUUCAAGAACGAUUACGUGAAUGGCAAGCAAAAGGGUUUCAGGUUUCCACUUCUAUCUGCGAUGUUUCUUCCCGUGAGCAACGAGAGAAACUCAUGGAAACCGUUUCCUCUCUCUUCCAAGGAAAACUCAACAUUUUGGUAAACAAUGUAGGAAACUUUAUAGUCAAGCCGACUACAGAGUUUACAGGAGAAGAGUAUUCGUUCAUAAUGGCUACAAAUCUCGAGUCAGCUUUUCAUCUCUCACAACUCUCACACCCUUUGUUGAAAGCAUCAACCUCAGGGAGCAUCGUGCUCAUGUCCUCCAUUACUGGAUUAGUGCAUGCCAAUGUUGGAUCCAUCCAAGGAGUAACCAAAGGAGCCAUGAAUCAGCUGGCUAGAAACUUAGCUUGCGAAUGGGCGGAAGAUAGCAUUAGGACUAAUGCUGUUUGCCCAUGGUAUAUAGCAACUCCUUUAGCUAAAGAUCUUCUUGAAGAAGGAGAGAUUAAAAAAGAAGUGAUAAGUAGAACUCCACUUGGUCGUGUUGGAGAGCCGAAUGAAGUUGCAUCACUUGUGGCUUUCUUGUGUCUACCUGCAGCUUCAUAUAUUACUGGUCAGAGCAUUUGCGUUGAUGGUGGUCUCACUGUUAAUGGCUUCUCCUAUCAGCCAAAAGACUUUUGAUUCUCUUUAUUUAAGGGUACUUUUCUCAUUUCCUGAUAUGCCAAAAGACGUAAAAGUGGCAGUUUUGUUGAGUUUUA